AUGUCAGCAUCCGGAUCUCGUGGCAGAGGCCGUGGCAAAAGACCUUAUCGAUCGACAGGAGGUCCUCCCGAGCCCUAUAGAUCUCAAUCAAUGGCUAUCACAUCGGAAAAAUAUCAUCAGACCAAUCUGGAUAGAAAUAACCCUAGUCGUCCACCAUCAGUGAAAGCGAAUACAUCUUCAGGACGGCGAUCUAAUGGUGAUCAACGUAAAUCUACAUCUCGUUCAUCAACAGGUCGUGCGAAGUCUACCCGAGCUUUUCGUGAACCUGUUCACUCAGCGAUACCAGAUACUGCACUAGUAUCAUUCGCUUGUCGACCAGAUCGUGGUGGAAAAGCUGGUUAUCCAUUAAAAUUGCAGACAAAUCAUUUCACUUGCAAUAUUCCUCGAUCAUUGAAAUGCCAUCAGUAUGAUAUUGAUUUACAAGCUGCGAAUCGAGAUGGCACCUGGCGAACUGCGAAAAAAGACGAUCGAUUUAUUAUUUUAACGAAAAUUAUCGAACGAGAAAACUUCCCAUUAGUGUGGUACGACGAAGGAAAAAGUCUUUAUUCCAUUGAACUACUUGUUGAUUUGAAAGAUCAGUAUGAGAUUACUAUCAAAGACAAGAAAAGUGAUCGAGAACAAAGGUAUCGAUUAUUGAUUAACAAUCUUGUUAAAUCUUACGAUAUUCAAGUUUUGUGGGAUUUUAUUGAGAAUAAAAUUGCGAUACGUCCUAGGGAUCCGAUUCGGAUUCUUGAAACUCUUCUAAAACAAACCACUCGAGCGACUAUGGUUUGUGUAAAAAAUCAGUUUUAUGAUAAGCGACAGACAUUAGACGAUCUAGGUGAUGGUCGAGGUUUAGCCAGUGGUUUUUAUCAAGCUAUGUUUUUAACUUGUAUUGGUGCUACAAUUAAUAUUAAUUCAACUUUUACAUGUUUUUACCAGCCAUUCAAUUUAGUUCAUUUUCUUUGCGAAUAUCUUCAACAUGAUAUUGUUCAAGAUGGUAUUGAUCAAAGGGAACAACAGUUAUUAUUAAGAAAAGUUCUCAGACCUAUCUGGCUGGAAACUCAUCAUGGCGAAAACGUGCGUAAGUACCGCAUACGUGGUUUCGGUGCACCUGCUCGUCAACAUACAUUUGCGCGUCAUGUCGACGGUGCGAGCGAUGAUACGCAAGAACGACAAACAGUCUAUGAUUAUUUCGCUGAAAAAUAUAAUAUUCAAUUACAGUAUCCUAAUUUACCAACAGUUGAAUUGUACACACCACCGAAUAACAUUCAAUUUCACUAUUUACCAAUGGAAUGUUGUACAGUUCAAGCUUGGCAACGUUCAAUAAAACCAUUAACUACAGAUCAACGUGCACGAGUAACGAAAAAGACUGUGGUCAAUCCAACUCAACGCCACAGGGCAAUUAUGGAUAUUGUCAAAACACGAAAAUUCAAUGAGGAUAAAUAUCUUAAUGAAAUAGGAAUGAGUAUUAUUGAUGAUAAAAUGAUUACUGUCUCUGCGAGAUGUAUACAACCACCCGAGAUAAAAUAUAAAAGUAUUCACGAUGAACAAAGUCAAAUUGUCGAAAGAAUUAACAUCGGAAAGUGGAAUCUGAGAAAUCGUUUUCAAACAACGAAGAACAUUAAUUGCUGGGCGUGUAUUAUGGUCUCCAGUCAAAAGCCUAAUCAAAAUCAACUAUCUAUAGCCAAUCAAUUUGUUGAACAAUUUCCUUCAAUUAUCAGCCAGUAUGGAAUCUAUUUUCAAUCGAGCCCGAUCAUGAGUUGUGAUCCAGCGGAUCCAGAUAUUAUUCAUAAACGUUUGCAAACAUUGAAAGAACAAAAUUGCGAAGUAGUUGUCUUUAUUUUGAAUGGCGUUGGAGAAGAUACUUAUAAAACAAUCAAAUAUUUCGGAAAUCAAAAACUCGGCAUUGUGACACAAUGUACGGAUUUCGUUGCGAUCGCCAAGAAUAUUCGCAGUCGAAAACUUGAUAUGUAUUUGCAAAAUCUUGUGCAAAAAUUCAAUGCUAAACUUGGCGGAGUCAAUGGAAUGGUCUCAUUAGCACGAGCAUUGACGACUGCUUCCGGAAAAGAUGAUGUUUUCAUGUUUUUCGGAGCCGAUGUUACACAUAUAACAUGUUCGAGAGAAAAACCAUCGAUUGCCGCUGUUGUCGGCUCAGUUGAUUCGACGAGUACUCAAUACGCAUCGAGAGUUGGUGAACAGUUUCCUGCUCGAGGAAAAAUAUCUUUAGAAAUCAUCAAAGAUCUAUAUCAGAUGUCAACAGAUCUUUUGAAGUUGUUCGCGCAAAGGAAUCACUGUUUUCCGAACAAAAUCGUUUUCUAUCGCGACGGUGUUGACGAUGGACAUUUCCAAAAAGUUUUGGAUAAUGAAAUACGUGCAUUACAAAACGCGUGUAAAGCACUCUACAUGACUAAUUCAUUACCAAAGAUCACGUUUAUCAUUGUCAAGAAACGUCAUAAUACAAGGUUUUUUCUGCAAGAUCAUCAAACAGGAAAUAUGAAUAACGUGCCACCAGGUACGGUUGUUGACACAGAUAUCGUGCAUCCGCAACAUUUUGAUUUUUAUCUCAAUAGUCAUGCUGCUAUCCAAGGAACAUCCAGACCUAUUCUGUAUCAUGUUCUGUACGAUGAGAUUGGUUUCACUUCGGAUGAAAUACAAUCCCUAACGUAUUUUCUCUGCCAUUCCGAUGUUCGAUGUACUAAAGCAGUAUCUAUACCGGCACCUGUGCAUUAUGCACAUCUGGCUGCUUAUCAAUCACGAGAUGCAGAAAGUUUCGAAAAUGAUCAAAAGAGUACCGCAGGAGAUUUUAACGAUGAUGAUUUAGUCGACGGUAUGGGAUCAAUUACAUUGCAAGACGUCGAGUCCAGAUUAAUUCAACUUGAUCCUUCUAUUCAAGAUACAAUGUGGUAUGUCUAA